UGCUAAAGUCUUAGCUGGGCCACUUGUUAAAGUCCUAGUUGGGCUUUAAGUUGUGAUUUUUUUUAUAAAUGCUUAAUUCGGCAUUUAAAUUUCUAAAUAGUUGGGCUUCUUAUGUAAUUGGGCUUCUGAAGAAACCCUAAGAAUUCUUUCUUAUGCAAUUGGGCUUCAAUAUGAUUUGCACCGUAUAUUCAAAGGCCAUUGGCUAAGUUGGUGCCGUACAGUUUUUCAGAGGAACGAGAUGGGAAAGAAGAAGAUUGCUAUAGAGAAGAUUGAAAACAAGCAGUCUCGCCUUGUGACUUUCUCAAGGAGAAGGAAUGGGCUCUUCAAGAAAGCCAAAGAUUUCUCAAAUCUCUCCGGCUCAUCCGUUGCAAUUCUUGUAAUCUCUCCAGCGGGCCGCCGUUACACUUAUGCCUCUCCUUCCUUUGACUCAGUGGUCGACCAAUUCCUCUCCGAAACCAUUGAUGGCUCUUCCACUGUGACUGACGGUUCUUCUUCAUUUGACUAUGUGGAUGACCAAUUUCUCCCCACCACCAACGCUGGAUCAACUUCCGUUGAUUCUAUGGUGGAUCAAUUCCUCUCCACCGAGGCUGCCUCACCUUCCUAUGAUUCUGUGAUUGACGAGUUUCUGUCCACCGCUAUUGGCUCUCCUUCGGUUGACUCCACCGCUGAUCAAAUCGUGCCCAUUGCAACCGUUGACUCUUCCACCACCACUACUUCUGGCUCUUUCCGAGACACAUUGAAGGCUUUGUCCGACAUCAACAUUGAAGCUUGUAAUGAUUUGGAAGAGUUGAUGACUUUGAAAAAUAACUUGGAGCAAAUCAUCAGAGAGAGGACGAGGCUAAUAUAAUAAUUUCCACGGCAGUCUUUUAUCUUGCUAAUCUCCACUUGUUUAUAUAUUUGGGGAGAGUUAGCCUUUUUGUUAGGUCAAAUAGUAUAUAUGUUAGUGAAACACACUGAUGCAGGAUGCAUCUUCCGUUCUGAUGGAAGAACAUGUGCUUUGUUGUAGACCAAGCUCUGAGAUAAUCUGUGCAUUUUUUGUACUAGCCUCUAGAUCAGUGCUUCUACUUUAGUGAAUUAUACAGAUAUAGGUUGAUCUUCCUUCUUCUUUUUUUAAUGCAACAGAACAUGAUGUGCUUUGUUUGUAAU